GAGGGGAAUCUGCCCUGUGACUCUGUACAUUUAGUAACAUUCCAUAAGCGGGUCUCAGGACAUGGAGAUCAAAGUCUUUAUCUUGGUUGCGACUAGGCUGCUGUUUCUGCCAGCUACUGUUUGCCAAGGUGGCAUGAAAAAUGUUUCAGACAACUCAGCAAAGCCAACCUUAACUAUUAAGAGUUUUAAUGGCGGUCCCCAAAAUAUCUUUGAAGAAUUCCCAUUUUCUGACAUAGAAGGCUGGACAGGAGCCACCACAACUAUAAAAGUGGAGUGCCCUGAAGAAAGUAUUUCAACUCUCUACGUGAAUAAUGCUACCAUGGGAUACCUGAGAAGCUCCUUAAGUACCAAAGUGAUACCUGCCAUCUACAUCCUGGUGUUCGCGGUUGGUGUACCAGCGAACAUCGUGACCCUGUGGAAACUCUCCUCAAGGACCAAAUCCAUCUGUCUGGUCAUCUUCCACACCAACCUGGCCAUCGCAGAUCUCCUUUUCUGUGUCACACUGCCAUUUAAGAUCGCCUACCAUCUCAAUGGGAACAACUGGGUGUUUGGCGAGGUCAUGUGCCGGAUCACCACAGUCAUUUUCUAUGGCAACAUGUACUGUGCUAUCCUGAUUCUCACCUGCAUGGGCAUCAACCGCUACCUGGCCACGGUCCAUCCUUUCAUAUACCGGAAGUUGCCCAAACGCAACUUCGCCUUGCUCAUGUGUGGCGUGGUGUGGGUCAUGGUUUUCUUAUACAUGCUGCCGUUCGCCAUCCUGAAGCAGGAGUACCAUCUCGUCCAGCCAGAGAUCACCACCUGCCAUGAUGUCCACAACACAUGCAAGUCCCCAUCGCCCUUCCAAUUCUACUACUUCGUCUCCUUGGCAGUCUUUGGGUUCUUCGUCCCGUUUGUGGUCACUGUCUUCUGUUACACAAGUCUUAUCCGCAAACUUAACUCCCAGGAUCGUAAAUGGCAGAGGUACAUCAAGGCGGUCCUCCUCAUCCUCGUGAUCUUCACCAUUUGCUUUGCCCCCACCAACACCAUACUCAUCAUCCACCAUGUCCACCACUACUACAGUAACACCGACAGCUUGUACUUUAUGUAUCUCAUAGCUCUGUGCCUGGGGAGCCUCAACAGCUGCCUGGACCCAUUCCUUUAUUUUGUCAUGUCAAAAAUUGUCGAUCAGCUUACUUCUUAGUCAGCCAUGAGUCAUCGUAGAGAACAAGGAAAGAGAUCUGGGAAAAUGUACAUGCUUGGGCUGACCUGUGCAUGGCACCAACAGAUCAAUUUUUAAUUUUUUAAUUUUAAUUUAACUUAAUUCUAUGAGUUUGGUUUUUUUUCCUUUUUUUGAGACAGGGUCUCACUGUGUAGUUCUGGCUGGCCUGGAAUGCUCUAUUUAGACCAGGUUGGCCUUGAACUCACAGAAAUCUGCCUGCUUCUGUCUCCCAAUGCACUGGGGUCAACCAGGCCUGGCCACAGCUCCCUUUUAAAGCUCCUAUGAAACAGUGCUUCGCACGUCAAAUGUAAAGUUAUGAGGAUUGAAAGAAUACUUUGUAUUUUGAGAGUGUCUUCAUCGUGAACACUGUUAUCAUUAGUCCUAUGGAUACAUUUCUAUUUGCCUUCCUGAUUCUCCAAGCUAUACAUUUCCCCUUCCCUCCCGAGACUGGCCUGGGAGGUUAUCAUCACCAUGGUUCUCCCUUCUCCUCAAGAGGGUAUGCUGUCUUUGUUGUGUCUCUCACCAGGGUCCCCUUCACUCCACCUCUGUCCUAAAAUGGCUGCCCUCACUGCCAGUGGAGCCUCAUUUCCAUAGAUCCGGUUAUCCUUCCCUUGACCCUGCACCUCUCCUGAAAUGGCAAACCCUUGGAUGGCUUUCACUGCCAACUCCCUAACAUGACCUGAGGAGCUAUACCUACCAUUAUGCACCCCUUUGCAUCAACUGUCUUCCCUCCCCGUCCCUGCUGCCCCGCUGAGGCCCCGUCUACCAUCUUUGCUUUAAUCUGUCCAGCUUUUCAAGUCUUUAAAGGCCUGUUCUUUCCUUACUCUCAAACUAGAAGCAUCACUUUCCUCAUCUGGAUUUCCAAAGCACUUUCUUAUAAUUAUGGUACUUCUAGACAAACAAGCCUGCUAAGCUCAUUUGCAUAUAAAUAUUACCUUUAUAAGGAACUAAGCUCUUUAUGUGGUUAGUUCUCUGUACCUGCAAGCUUCACACCUGUAGACUCAACCAACCACGGACCAAAAACACUUGACAAAAAUUGUAUGAGCUGAACGCGAACAGAGUUUUUUCUUUUCAUUACUCCCUAAAUAAUACUAAAAAUGAAUAAUAAUUAAUAAUAGUCUUUAUACAACAAUCACACUGUAUUAAGUAUUUCUAAGUCAUCCAGACAUGAUGUGAAGUGUAUGGGAGAUUAAGCAGAGAUUGCAACCACUGCCUUAGGGAUUUGGAAUCUAUAUAGUUUAGUGUCUGCAGGGGUCCUGGAAGUCACCAGGGAGGUAUGAUGCAGAAGGUGGCAUCUGUCCUCCCUCCUUCGAGGUUCUUGUGGUCAUUCCGGGGGCCAUGUUCUGUGGGGCCAGCUGUACUCUUUGCAUAGCAUGUGGCUGAAUGAAAGAAUAAAAUCCCAAAGCAUCUAAACAACAUGGAGGCCUAUGCAGUUCUUACUGACAAGGCAGCAUACCCUGCAGGAUGUUCUUUAUGAUUGGGCUUGUUUAAAGAGGAGAGGCGAGAGACUUAAACAGCAAUAUGUUCAUAAGGCCAUUAAGCAAAUAUUUCCAUCCCUGCUUGUUUUAAUGGGAACUGGUAUUGAGUUAUAAACCUCCAGAUUAUUCCUGUAGGUAAACUAUUUUUUAGCUGAGGGAGCCAAUGGGAGAUGUAAUAUUAAGCAAAUACAGAUAGGGUUGAGGGAACCUCUGCAAACAGCAUUGUUGAGACGAAACUGUAAGUAAGUAGAUACACGCAUCUGACAAAACAUUAUAAUCAACAAAACUAAAAAUACAUUUAAGUGUACACUGUUGA